CUCAGUGACGUCAUGAAAGGACAAAUUGAUUUACCGCGAGGUCAUUCAGUCUCUGUGAGCCGGCGGUUGCAGUAAAGCGGAGGCGCCAUUUUAAGACAUUAAGAGACCCGCUAGUCAGGACAUCAUGUACCCGACUGUCCUAACGCAGCUUGCCCGGGCUAACCCAUUCAGUGCCCCGCUAUUCUCCCUGCAAAAAGUAGAGGAACCUAAACAGAGCCUGCCCGCAAAUGGACAGAACCGAAGGCUCGCCGCCGCAGCAGUGGCUGACUCUGAUGUGAGCUGUGAGUUUGGCUCAAGCCAGUACUAUGCCCUGUGUGGGUUUGGGGGGAUCCUGAGCUGCGGUUUAACACACACAGCUGUCGUACCCCUCGACCUUGUCAAGUGCCGGCUCCAGGUCGACCCAGACAAGUACCGGAGUAUUGGGAACGGCUUUGCCGUCACGCUGAAAGAGGAUGGUGUCAGAGGCUUGGCCAAGGGCUGGGCCCCCACCUUUAUCGGCUACUCCAUGCAGGGACUCUGCAAGUUUGGCUUCUACGAGAUGUUCAAGAUCUUCUACAGUGACCUGCUGGGAGAGGAAAACACCUAUCUGUGGAGGACGUCUCUGUACCUGGCGGCCUCCGCCAGCGCUGAGUUCUUCGCUGACAUAGCCCUGGCUCCCAUGGAGGCAUGCAAAGUGCGCAUCCAGACCAAGCCCGGCUACGCCAACAACCUCAGACAGUGCGCUCCCAAGAUGUUCGCAGAGGAGGGUGUCUGGGCGUUCUACAAGGGGGUGGUUCCCCUCUGGAUGAGGCAGAUCCCCUACACCAUGAUGAAGUUCUCCUGCUUUGAGCGCACCGUGGAGCUGCUGUACAAGCACGCCGUGCCCAAGCCCCGUAGCGAGUGCACCAAGGGAGAGCAGCUGAUCGUCACAUUCAUAGCUGGUUAUAUUGCUGGUGUGUUCUGUGCCAUCGUGUCCCACCCUGCUGACUCAGUGGUGUCUGUCCUGAACAAGGAGAGUGGCAGCACUGCUAUGGGGGUGCUUAAGAAGCUUGGCCCCAAAGGAGUGUGGAAGGGUCUGGUGGCCCGUAUCAUCAUGAUCGGCACCCUGACCGCCUUGCAGUGGUUCAUCUACGACUCCGUCAAGGUCUACUUCCGCCUGCCCCGCCCUCCUCCCCCCGAGAUGCCCGAGUCCCUGAAGAAGAAGCUGGGCCUCACAGAGUAGAGACCUCCGCUCUCUCUGGAACACCCCUCCACCAGGCAGCAGUCUCUUGUGAUCUCACGUCAGCUCCCCCGCCCUGGCAGCACACUGCUCUGUUUUCUAUAUUUAUGUUCCCACUGCUCCCGUAGGCCUGUCUGGGCCCAGAGCUACUACUCAUGUAUAUUUAAGAAAAAGAAGAAGCAAGGGAGUGUGAUUGUCCCCAGAACCCAGAAAGGGACAGGAUGAAAUAAUGUAGAAACAUGGUCUGGUUUUAUUAAAUUCUGUCUUUAGUUAUGUGGAAAUUCAAAAUAUUAAAGAUUUCUUCCCUGGA